AUGGGGCUGGCGGCUCGCCAGCCAAUGGUCCGUCGAAGUCCGGCUUCUGGACGCGAAUAUCGCGUCCUGGAGGCACCUGAGCCUCAGCUGGCGGCAGUCGACCUCGUUGAGAGGAUCGGGCUCACUGCCGCCGUUGAGAAGCUGGGCCACCCGCACGGCACGGUGCAUGGGUGGUGGGUCGGUAGGGCCAAGCUGCGCGUCUACGAGGGGAACAAGUUGGACAAGACGACCAAAGGGCAGGGACGUAAGGAAAGCUUUCCAUUUACCUCUGCCCUUUUGACGUACAUGUACAUGAAAGACGUACGCCGCGACGAAGAAUUUCUUACUACAUCAGGAAUGAUUGCGUUUAUUCAAGAGAACUACCCUGACUGGAUAGAGGCCUACGCGGAGAACAAGAAGUCUGACCGAACCGCCGACCGGUAUUAUCUUUACGGAUUCUCAACUCAAAAAGCCCAAGAAACCAAGCUCCCAAGUGUGGAUCUGCAGCGCUUAAAAACGGAUUUUGCAAUUGAAUUUUGGAGUAAGUACGGCUCAUACUCUCUACCGGAAAUCUACAACAUGGAUGGAACGGCCAUCCAGUUCGACAUGCCGCCAGCAAGAACCUGGGCAAUUAAAGGGCGAAAAGGAUCAGCUAAAAUCCAAAAUCUGACAAAACACUGCGGACGCAUGACGGCUGUCUUGACAGUUCGCGCUGAUGGAAAAAAACUUCCGAUUCUCUUCAUACUGCGCGGCAAACGUGGCGGACUUAUUGAUUCCAACGAGUUAAGCACGCUGCCAAGUGGUCACUUUUACACA